CAAUUUCCUAUAUAACCGAACCCUAAUUCCCUCUCUUUCUCUCUGUAAUGCAACGUAAUGUAAUUAACGCACAACUCAGGCAUGGCCAUUCCCGAUGUCUCUCCGAAUUCCGCCGCCUCCUCCUCCUCCUCCUCUGUUUCUCUCCUAAUUCCCCAUGCCUCUCCCUCUGAUCCCUGGCCUUUCCCCCUCUGAAUUUCCCUCUCUACCAAUCCCUUUUCCCUUUCUCCCUUCCCAUACCAACUAAUACACCUAAUUAUCGCCCUGGGGAUGGGCGGUGGAGAGAGACGACGCCAGCACUCCGGCGCCGGCGUCCCCAAAGGCUGCUUGGCGGUCCGAGUGGGGCAGAAGGAGGAAGAGCAGCAGAGAUUUGUGGUGCCGGUUAUGUACUUCAAUCACCCGCGCUUCAUGCAACUUCUCAAGGAGGCGGAGGAGGAGUACGGAUUCGAUCAGAAAGGGACCAUCGCCAUUCCUUGCCACGUCGAGGAGUUCCGCCACGUCCAGGGCAUGAUUGACCGUGAAAAUUCAUUCCACCGCCGUCACCACCACCACCACGUCGGUUGCUUUCGGGUUUCAUUCUGAACAUCGAAUAAAAUUCAGACUGUAAAUUUUUGGUUGUUUUAAGAUCCUUUUCGGAAUCGCAGUGUAUAAUCAUCGCAACCCAAUCUAUAUAUUAAUAUCAAAUUUCAACUUUCCUUCCUUUCUUCAAA